GGAUUGUCAGAAUUGAAUUCACCAUGCUCAUCUACCUCCUGCACCUCGCCGCCUUGGUUGCUGCUGCGGACGCAUGCGCUUAUGGCGCCUUUGACGCCACCGCCACGUUCGUCGGUUGCCCCGCCGACAUCAAGCCGCAGGUUCUCUACUGCAUCGUCGACAGCCGCUGCAAGCUCCUCAAGACGUACAAUGCGAGCGCGCUGAGUCUCAGCGCCAGCUUGGAUCCAGCCACCCCGGCACGCUACCAGCUCACCGUGUCUUAUCCCAUCCAGCGUGUGGCUGACGAGCCCGGCGUCAAGAUCGACUUUCAACUGCGCUUUGAGAACGCCUCGAUUCAGCAGAUCGACGACCUCUCGGCCGUCAACAACCUCAAGACUCUGUAUAUCUACAACAACAACAAGGCGGCGUUGGACAUUGCCCACACCAAGCUGCCAACGAGCCUCCACGAGCUGACGCUAUGUGGUACGCAGCUCCAGGCGCUUCCGGACGCAGCGCGGUUGACGGGGCUGACCUACCUAAAUGUUUUCAACAACAACAUCACACGCCUCGAGCACCUGGAUCUGCGCAACGUCACGACCUUCUCUGCCGGACUCAACCAAAUCUCGACGUUCGUCAACGUCUCGCUGGGUGGCGGUCUCGCCUACUUCGAUUUGACCAACAACCGAAUCACGGAAUUUGUUGUGGACCCGGCGACGUACGACGCGCUUCGGCAGACGAAGACGCUGUCGUUGGACGCGAUCGACGUCUCCAGUACGUGCAAGUCGCCCAACAAGGUCCUUCCCCUCAACAAUCACGCCAACGUGUGUGUGACUCCGGACUCGAUGCUGGCAAGCGCCACAGAGAAUUCGACGGCCUUGGGCGGAGCUGCGGUCGCCGGGAUUGUCGUCGGCGCUGUUGUGCUCCUCGGACUUUCGCUCGCCCUACUCGUCCAGUGGCGUCGUCGCCUCGCGUCAUCGUCCAAGGAGAGUGCACUCGACAAGACUGAGAGGACGGACUCGGAGCACAUCGUUUUCAACCUUGACAGCCUUGCGCUGCUGCGACUCGACCACCAGUCGCUCGAAGCGACCAAGUUUGUCGCAGAAGGCGCGUACGGGCAAGUGUGGCUCGGCACUUAUGAAGGAACCCCCGUGGCGCUCAAGCGUCUGCUGCCGGGAGCCGCGUCGCAGUCGGCGAUUGCCUCGUUCGUGGACGAGAUUCUCUUGGCCAGCAAGCUCGAAAGUCGGUACAUUGUUCAGCUCAUCGGUGCGAGCUGGCGCAUCCCCGCCGAGCUGCAGAUGGUGCUCGAGUGGAUGGACGGAGGCGACCUCCGCUCCGUCCUCGAGGCCACCGACAACACGUCAUUCCCGUGGCUCGAGAAGGUCCAGCUCAUGCUCUCGGUCGCGGAGGGCCUCGUGUACCUCCACUCGAUGUUUGUGAUCCACCGCGACCUCAAGUCCCGAAACGUUCUCGUUGAUACCGCCAAAGGCGCCAAGCUCACCGACUUUGGCGUCUCCAAGGAGAUGACGACCGAGACCAUGACGGUCGGCGUCGGCACAUACCGCUGGAUGGCGCCCGAGGUGCUCCAGGAAAACCACUACACGACGAGCGCCGACGUCUACUCGUUCGGCAUUCUCCUCUCGGAGCUCUGCACCCACCACAUCCCGUACACAGAUAUGCACACGGAGCGCGGCAACCCGCUUGUCGAUACGGCGAUCAUCAACCGUGUGAUCCAAGGCACGCUCCAACCGACCUUUGGCGAGUCCAGUCCUGCGUGGGUCGUCGGGCUCGCAAACGACUGCAUCGCGUUAAAUGCUGACGACCGACCGAAUGCGAUCCAAGUUGCCCACCGCAUUCGUCAAAAGACUCGGGAAUGAAUCGUGCGAUUGCACCGGCCUAUUUAGACCUUCUUCAUGGCGAUUGCCGUCAUAACACCAGUUUUGGCUUUCGAA